AUGUCUGCAGCUAAAGUCAAAAUGCGACAGAAGAAACUUAAAAAUCAACCUGCCAGUGUACAGUUCGUGUCUUCGGGCAGCCCCCAACACAACGGUGGAGGUGGAGAAGGUUCAUCAGACAAUGAUCCACCAUCAGCAAGAAAGAAAAGCUCCCACCUCCAGUCUCUGUGGGUCCGUGGACAUCAAAAAGAUGGUGGCCUUUAUCCUGACAAGAUGCCUUCGUUUAUUACUGCUUCAAGUUUUGCUAGGGCCAGGGCAGCGGAGGUAAAGGCCAUGCUGAAAGCUGUUACCAAGACAACAAGCAGCUGCCAUAUUUUUGGAGCACUGCCGAGGCACAUGAGGAGAAGAGCGAUGAGCCACAACACCAAACGGCUUCCCUGCCGGCUGAGAGAGAUGGCCAACAGAUUGAGAGAGAAAUCUCUGCACGGCAGCGUAAAAAAAAAGCAGACAAAGAGAACGAGCCGCAAAGCACGCCGGCGUCACGGAAACAUGCUGCUGGAGUUCAAUCGACGGCAGAGAAAGAAUGUGUGGCUGGAGACGCACAUUUGGCACGCCAAGCGCUUCCACAUGGUCAAAAAGUGGGGCUACUGCCUUGGGGACAGGCCCACGUUGAAAUGUUACCGACCUUCCUAUAGAGCAAUGAGCACUCAUUGUCUGCUGCAGGACCUGUCAUACUACUGCUGUUUGGAGCUCCAGGGAGAGGAAGACAAGCUGCUGAAUUGUCUGUCACAGCUGACCAGCAAGGAGGCUGGCCCAACAUUUGCUCAGAAGUUGUGCCUGUCAGGGCAAAGGCAAGGUAGCGUGGUGUUGUACAAGGCAGGCCAGUUCCCCUCGCAGGCUUUGGGCCCAGUCACAUUCCUGUGGAGACCCCGUACAUCGGGAUCAGCUGACAGACAACUGUGGACCUGGGUUCAUCCCGCUCUUAAACAAGAUAUCCUUGCUGAGUUCCAAAGUGUGUGCCAGUGUGAGGCUGUGGUUCUCCCGCCUCUGCCGUUGGUUAUGCAAGCAGACAUGGUCUCUGCCGCAGGUUCGCAGCCAGAGCCUGAUAAAACCCGGGAAAUCAAGCCAACGCCUGGAAGGAAGAGGAAGCAAAGCCACAGGGAUGCCAAUGGACCUCCUGCCAAGAAGAUUUUGGGUGAUGGAACCAGAUCCCCUGACACACCUGUUACCUGGAAAUCCAGCUCAACUGGAAUAGUGAUCAACGACCUCACAAUGGAAAUUGUCAGAUAUCGCCUGAUUGGACCGCAGUCCCAUUCUGUGCUGGCAGAUGCUUUGGAAGCUGCUACAGACUGUGAUGACAUGAGCAAAUCACAGCCCUCUUGCUUUUGGUGGCCUGAUCACUGCAAAGAAGAAAGCAAGAUGAAGCUCCAUCAGCAGCAGUCCGAUGUCUUUCACAUUCUGAAAGGCAUAUACUCGAGUGCAGAGCUCCCCCCAGGCACAGUACUGGGGCUGACGGUCGACGACCCUCGCCUGAAUAUACCGAAAAAGAGGGUGAAAGCUUUGCCCUGUGUGGAGGAAGCACAAGAGGUGGAUAAUGAGAAGAGAAAGGAACUGUCUUUGCUUGGUGUACCAGAACACUGUUGUCAGAGUUUCCUGUGGGAACAGUCUGUGCGCAACCAUGUCACAGAGAAUAAAAUUUCAGAGCAGGAAUUGAACCGAAUGAAGAGUGAAGUUCUCGUGCCAGGUUCUAGGCUCAGACCUACUCCCCUUCAGGGACGAGUUCCCAUCCUGCUUGUUCACCAGUCUGGCAAGCAAGGAGGACAUGAGAUGAAUUCUUGGGGAGCCGGAUGGGACCUAUUGGUCCCCAAAGGCUGGGGCAUGGCUUUCUGGAUUCCUCUGGUGUACAGAGGUGUUCGCAUUGGUGGACUAAAAAUGAGUGUGACACAUUCUCAGAAUAAAGGCGUCCCACACUUCCCUCAUGAUUACCCAGACUGCCCUGCAGGAGCUCGUUUUCAGGAGGAGCAAGAGUCCGAGCUGCUUGAAAAGUUCAAAAGACGUCCGCCUGCCAAAAGAACCAAUUACAUUAAAAAUGGCUGCCUGGCUCCGUUCUGUUGCCCUUGGCAACAGCUGGCUGAAGAGUGGGAUGUUAUUGGAAGUGGAGAAGAAAGAAAAGAAGACGUCCAGGCUAAAAGUGACGCGGCAAUGCAGUCUGAGAUAACGUCACCUCACCGAGUCCCUGCGUCAAAGCCAGCAACCCACUUCACUGUCUUGAGGAACAGCAAAUCUUUGAGGCUCCUCUCGAGUUGGUGCAGACCCACUUCGUCUAAAGGUCAAAGGUUGCACCAUGUCAGGGAGAUGCCACCUCUAGACCUCACAGCCAGGAUGACAUUCCAAACAACUCACGGGAUGAGUCUGGUUUGGAUACGUCUGUCCCUGUUGGCGAAGGGCAAACCGGACCUCCACGCCGUUGUGUGCGCGCCGACCGCAGAUGACCUCAAGCUGCUGAAGAAGGGGCCUGGCGCGAGUGGCCCUCAGGAGCCCUCUCACAGGGAUCCCUUGAAAAGCACCAUCAAACCUAGUAAGAAGAGUGCCAAGAAAAAGGCUUCUGAUAAAACUAGAGACACUCCAUCAACAUCUGAUCAAACGAUCAGUAUGUUUGAAGAGCCCCUCUCAUCUUCCUCAGCUUGCGACUUUGUUUUGGGAGUGUGGUCAAAUCCCCUGCCAAGUGUAGUCUCUCAUUGCUCUCGAGUGACUCUAGGCUGGGUGACCCAGGCCGACUUCUCCCUUUCGGCAGGCUGCGGGGAAGCUCUGGGCUUCGUCAGCGUCACUGGCCUCGUUCACACACUCGUCGGUCAGCCUCUGGAACAAAGAGGAAUGGUGCUGCUACGCAACCCCACGUCGCUGCAGUACCGCUUUGCGAAAAUUAACAUUGAAGUUUGA